AGGGCGCGAUCGACCCCGCAGGAACCGCGUGUCGCCCCCGUACAAGGCAGUCGGUCUCCGGGGCCGCGGGAUGACGUGUGGGGUCUGGACGGAGACUCGGCCGGGCGCGGCGGAGACCGGGAUCGGCACACCAGAUCGAGGCCAGUGAGAGCGCGCACGAGAGGCCCUCUGGCGGCCCUUGUCCGCUCUCGCCUGCGCUCCUCUUGCUCACCGUCCACCAUGGCCGCCACCGACGCCCACCUCUGGGCUGCAGACGCGAACGAGGCCAUCCACCUUUCGCUCGUACGCGCCGCCGCAGACAAGGCCUCCUUCAAUUCGCGCGAGCAUUACGAGGGCUUCAACCCAUGCUUCACCUAUCCACUCUUCGGCGAAGACGAAAAAAUAUACGGCUACCGCGAUCUCCGUAUAGAUCUCAAGUUUGCUUCCGGUUCACUAGCUCAGUACCUCAGCAUUCAGCAUUCCGACAAGCUCCCCGCAACAUCCGCCGUCGAUGAUAUCGAGGGCACCAUCGCCAAGUCCAUUCCUCCAGGCUAUUAUACGGACGAAGCCGCUUUCCUCAAACGCGUCGAGGAAGAUGCCAUUACAUUCACACCACCCGGGACCCGCGCACACAGCUACUCACGACGGACCAAGCCCCCCAUCGGCAAGGGUAAGGAGAAACUCGUGCGUGAAGUCGAGGAUACAAUAGAUUUCGAGGUCUAUCACUGCACCUGGAACACACCAGGGUUCAGGGAGCUCCAUCGCCGCAUGCAGCUCUUCAUCCUCCUCUACAUUGAGGGCGGCUCUUACAUCAAAGAAGAAGAGGAUGUCUGGCAGUUCAUGGUCCUCUACGAGAAACGGAAGCGGCGGGGCGACCCCUCCGUAUCAACAUACCAUUUUGUCGGGUAUUCGACACUCUACCCGUUCUACUGCUUCCCCGAGAAGGUUCGCCUUCGCCUGAGCCAGUUCGUCAUCGUCCCGCCCUACCAACAGGAGGGCCAUGGUUCCGCGCUGUACUCCGCGCUCUAUCGCUACGUCCGCGAGGCGCCCGACAUCGCGGAGCUCACCGUGGAGGACCCUGUCGAGGCGUUCGAAGACCUGCGCGACAGGAACGACCUGAAGAUGCUCCUCACAGAGCCCACGUUCAUGCGGGAGGCGCUGGGCGAGGGAUGGGAGAGCGCUACGAAGUCGUCGCAGAAGGCGAAGGGACAUCGGUUCCACCCGUACGCGAACGGGAACGGACGCGGGGAUAACGGGCACACACCAAUGGACCGCCUCGCGGAGGCCUACGCGAAUGGGCACGGCCACGGGAACGGGAACGGGAACGGCCGUAGCUCGCCGAUGCAGUCGCAGAUCCAGGCGGUGGACGAAGGCCUGCAUGCCAUCGCGAACGGGAAUGGGGCACAGAAGAUGCGGGCGAAGGGGAAGCUCGGCCCGCCUGCGGACCGCGCGUGGAUGGAGCGGCGGCGGGUCGAGCUGAAGAUGGCGAACAGGCAGUUCUCGAGGCUCGUGGAGAUGCUCAUGCUCCGGUUCGUCGUCGUGGAGGGAUGCGACAAGCGGCUGGAGCGGGCGUAUAGGAUGUGGGUGAAGGAGAGGCUGUACCGGUUCAACUACGAGGUGCUGGCGCAGUUGGACAAGAAGGAACGGCAGCAGAAGCUGGACGAGACGUUCUGGGCGGUCCGGAAAGACUACCAGCGGAUACUCGCAAUGGUCCAAGACCCCUGAGCUGGCUGCCGUCCAUGUGCGAUGCAACUACGGCACCACAGCCAUCAAUUCGACGCGCGCGAGGGACACGACCGGGAGUGGAGGACUAGCAUAUAAGUAGGCCUGGGGCACAGCACCACUGUCGCAGUGGCUGCGAGUAAUUUUGUGGUAUAUCGGUUAUCGGUUCAGCGUCAGGUUCAGUCUCUCUGGCUUGGGUUUCCCCUACAAACUAUCUCACAUUGGCGAGUACGAUGCGUCCGCGCGGCCGGAGUACAUAGUGUAUAUACUUUUUAUGGCUGCUCUCUCAGUUCCUCUGCGCGCGCUUUUUGAGAGACGAUUGGCUAGUAGUGUACAUGGCAGUGUGGUCCGAUGGUCGCGGUCCAAGGACGUUGUUGUGAGUCACUAUCUGUACAUAUGUACUUAGGAGGCGAGUGUAUGCUAGGAAUUGACGGUGCAGAAACUCGAA